AUGACAAGACUGACCGCCUUCGGGAUCACGUCUACGCCAGGUCCUCGACAUGUUCUCGUGCAGCCAACGGCUGGUGAAGCUCUGUCACGUCCAGGCUUGGACACCGUCCUGGAAGCUGUCCUACGCAAGUCUGCCGCCGACGCCGAUCAGAAGGCUGCCCUCCGCGCAUCUGUCGAGACAGCCCAGACCUCGCUGACCUUCCUCUCACGGGAACAUGCCAUGGACAAGGAGCUGGCCGAAUUCCUAACUUCGACGGGGAAACAGAGGUUUCGAUAUCCGCCAGUUCCAACUCGAGAGCGAGACCCAAAGACAUGGGCAGCCGCCGACCCAGCAAUUGACGAGAACUGGGACGACGCUGUCCGUAACGAUCCGAUCCUGUCCUCCGUCCCCAGUGGCUUCUUGACGGACAAGUCGCUGCUCGUCAAGCCAGUCGGUUGUUUCGACUCACCAUUGCUUGUUAGUCAAUUCCUCCACAUAGAUGUCUACCCUCGCCGUCUGGAUCGCAAGAAGAUCUGCCUGCCAGGCAAAGAUUGGGAUGUCCUUGGCUACGUUCCCAAAGAGAACCGCUCUUAUUGGGAGGCUUGGGCGGCAGACAUGAUCACGAAAUCGAAAGCCCGCAUUGUUCUCAUCGCCGGUCGAUCCACGCUUGAGAUGUAUCGCAGGUACAUACUGUCCAACCACAUCGACGUUGAGGAAGUGUUCUGUGCCGGGACCAGCCUCGACAAGCCCGUCGCGUUUCGAGAAUUCAAAAACAAGGACGGUUAUCGCCUUGUUUUGUGUUCGUUACAUCUGGAAGGCUUUUGGCGGCGCAAGGCGUCGCCUUGCCAUCUACGGGCGACUAUUCACUCCGUCGACCAUACAGGAAGGGGGGGAGGUUUGGAGGCGUGGCUCGGGUAUCAUCCCGAGCUUCCCAAAGACGAAAUCAUGGCUCUGCGAGGAUCGGUGAGGGUCACUCACAGAAAGGCACCAGAGUUUUGGAAGCGCGCAGAGAUUGUUGCCCAGUAUGGGCCUUGGGCCUUGACGUACCAGCUACUUGCCGAGUCGGCCGCGGCGAGACAUAGACAAAAGCAGGCUACGUAUUGGAAUCACCCAACGGAAGGCAAAGCGAGAAGGGAUCGUAGGAAUCAGUUGGCUCGGGACAAUCGGGACAAGGCGAAGAAGAUCGGCGACGACCCAGUCAAGUAUGAAGCUCAAUUGAAGACCAGACGGGGUAUUAUUAGAGCCAACCGCAUUGCGAAGAAGCUCCAGGUUGACUCGGCUCUCCAUGGCUCCAUGGGCACUUUCCUCGUACCUCUCUCGACCAGCUCAGCACCGACCGACUCCACCUCCACGGCCACACGCUCAGGAAUGACAACCAGGCCGAUGAGCGACAAGACGGGGUGA